UGUGAUUGGUCAGCGCCGGCUCUCACAGUCUGGAUGCUGCUGCAAGCGUAAGGUUUACCAACCCAAGCAUCUGCCUGCCGUCUAACAGGCUUUAUUGUUCACCAGUGCUGAAAGUGAAGGAAAGGCGCUUUUUAAGGAUAUAACAAAGGAAGUUGAACCAUGUGUUCCAGCUCAGCAACGGUGCGCAUUCUUAUAAAGGGAGGUAAAGUGGUGAAUGAUGACUUCACACAAGAAGCGGAUGUGUACAUUGAGAAUGGCAUUAUCCAGCAAGUGGGCAAGGAGCUGAUGAUCCCAGGUGGGGCCAAGGUUAUAGACGCCACAGGAAAGCUGGUGCUUCCGGGUGGCAUAGACACCAGUGUUCACCUGAACGAGAGCUUUAUGAACGCCAACACCGCGGAUGACUUCUACAGCGGCACCAAGGCUGCUCUGGCUGGAGGCACCACUAUGGUGAUUGGUCAUGUGCUGCCAGAGAAGAACGAAUCAUUGCUGGAUGCUUAUGAAAAGUGCCGCUCUCACGCUGAUGCCAAGGCCUGCUGUGAUUACGCUCUUCAUGUGGGAGUGACCUGGUGGGGACCAAAGGUUAGUGCUCAAAUGGAGACGCUGGUGCGGGAGAAAGGAGUGAACUCCUUCCAGAUGUUCAUGGCAUAUAAGGAUAUGUACAUGCUGAGGGACAGCGAGCUGUUUCAGGCCCUGCAGAACUGUAAGGAUAUCGGUGCUGUGGCCCGCGUCCAUGCAGAGAAUGGAGAGCUGGUUGCGGAGGGUGCCAGAGAAGCGCUGGAUCUGGGUAUUAGUGGACCGGAGGGCAUUGAGAUAAGCAGACCUGAGGAGCUGGAAGCAGAGGCCGUCCACCGAGCUAUUACCAUCGCUAACAGAGCCCACUGUCCCAUAUAUCUUGUGAAUGUGUCCAGCAUGUCAGCAGGGGAUGUUUUAGCAUCUGCUAAAAUGCAGGGGAAAGUGGUGCAUGGAGAGACGACCACAGCUCAUGCUGUCUUAAAUGGGCUGCAGUACUACCACCAGGACUGGGCCCACGCAGCUGCUUUCGUCACUGUGCCACCACUCAGACUCGACCCCAACACACCCAAUUACCUGCUCAGCCUUCUGGGAAACGACACUCUGAACGUCGUGACAUCGGACCACCGACCCUUCACCACUAAACAGAAGGCGAUGGGCAAAGACGACUUCACUAAAAUCCCUCACGGUGUUUCUGGGGUGCAGGACCGCAUGAGUGUGAUUUGGGAGCGGGGAGUGGUUGGAGGCAAGAUGGAUGAGAAUCGUUUUGUUGCUGUCACAAGCUCCAAUGCUGCAAAGAUCUACAACCUUUACCCCAGGAAGGGCAGGGUCAUCCCUGGAGCCGAUGCUGAUGUGGUCGUCUGGGAUCCAGAAUCAACCAGGACCAUCUCUGUGUCCACUCAAUGGCAGGGUGGAGAUGUAAAUCUGUACGAGAACCUGCGGUGUCACGGCGUCCCGCUGGUAACCGUCAGCCGCGGUCGUGUGGUCUAUGAAAACGGCAUCUUCACCUGUGCUGAGGGCUCAGGAAAGUUCUACCCUCUCCGAACCUUCUCAGACUACCUCUACAAGAAAAUGGUGCAGAGGGAGAAGUGUCAAGCACUCAAGGGGGUGGAGCGUGCGCCCUACACUGGAGAUGUAGCUGCAGUGCAGAAUUCAGGGAAGAAGGAGGUGGGCCCUUCAGAUGGGGACAUGAACCCACGACCCUGCACGCGCCACGGGGGAAUGAGAGACCUACAUGAGUCCAGCUUUAGUUUGUCUGGUGCCCAAAUUGAUGAUAGCGUUCCAAAGAGAGCUUCGGCAAGGAUUCUGGCUCCACCUGGAGGUCGUUCUAGUGGAAUCUGGUAACAUUUCGGAUCAACAAUUGCACAAGUCUGCAACUGAACACCUACAUUUUUGACAACCUCACAUCUGAUGAAAAGUAUUUAAUUUAAAUCACUUGCAACUAAAUUCCUGUGUGUUUUUAUAUAUGUGCGUGUGUAUACGAAGGGAAAAAUAUAUUUGACAUUGGAAAACAAGGUAUAGGUCGGAAAUAGUUGUAAGAGAUUUGGUGAUCCAAAAUGUUCCAGGGUGUUUUGUUCUUCAUAUUCAGUCAAAUGAAAUAGUGAAGGUUGUGUUCAGAAUAAAUGACAGAUCCUUUUACUAAUUGUUUUUGUUCCCACAUUAACAACAGUACGUUUUACGUGAGCUGCCGUAUAACCUGUUUUAAAGAUAGCAACUGCAAAGUUGUUUAAGAAUGGGAAUGUUAUUAGUUUGUGUAUUUGGUCAUGGCUUGAAAAUGUGAACCAUAGUAAAGGUAUUUAAUAUUUGAACUGUUUUAAUGUGUUGGCAGAUGACUAUACAUUUACCUCAGUGUUUGUCUCUGGAGUUACACUUGUGUACAUUAGCACUCUGCCUCUCUACACUCACAACUCUUACAGCG